CUCCUAUUACAAGUCCUCGCGAAGCUCCAAAAGAGAUCUGUAAACGCGAAGCAACAGAAAAAUAAGGAAGCAUUCGAGCGACAAACAACGGUCGCUCCCCAUCAUCUGCAAUCAUUAUACUGUUCGUGUUGGACCCUCUCCUUCAUCUUCUCCAUCUCUUAAUUUCUGGGUUGAUUUUGAAAUUCUUUUUUUGGGUUCAAUUGGUUUGGAGAGAUACAAUAAAAGCUUCUGUAUUUGAUUGAAAAUCAUAUAUAUAUAUAUAUAUAUAUAUAUAUAUAUAUAACAAACGGGGAACAAUCUUACUCUUUGAUGUGGCCAAUGCCUUUGGAUUCUCCUCCUUUCUGAGGUUCUUACACCAUGGCUGAUGAUCCCGGGUUCUUCAGUAAGGAUUCUUUCCUCCUAAAGUCUCCAAAGAGAUCUCCUUUGGUGCUGAGGAUGGUUGUGUUGGUGUUUGUAAUGGUCUGCGGCGUUUAUAUAUUCACAAUUUGUCUAAAGCAAAUAAGCAGUGGCACUAAGGAUGGACUUUUGAAAGUUGAAGUAAUUGAAAGGGCUUGCCCUGAACCCAAUAUUGAGCCAUGGGAAAUUCCUUAUGUGCACUACCCAAAACCCAAAACAUUUAGCCGGGCUGAAUGUGCUUGCAAUCCAGUGCGGUAUUUUGCCAUUCUAUCAAUGCAGAGAUCUGGGAGUGGAUGGUUUGAGACAUUAUUGAACAGCCAUACUAACAUUAGCUCAAAUGGGGAGAUAUUCUCUGUUAAAGUCAGGAGGAGUAAUGUCUCUACAAUUUUGGAGACUUUGGAUAAGGUCUAUAAUUUAGAUUGGUUGACUAGUGCCUCCAAAAAUGAGUGCACAGCUGCUGUUGGCUUAAAGUGGAUGCUUAAUCAGGGGUUGAUGCAGCAUCAUGAAGAAAUUGUAGAAUACUUCAAAACGCGGGGUGUUUCAACUAUUUUUCUUUUUAGGAGGAAUCUCUUGCGCAGGAUGAUCUCAGUACUAGCAAACUCUUAUGAUUCUCAUGCUAAGCUACUUAAUGGAACCCACAAGUCUCAUGUUCAUUCAACUAAAGAGGCAGAGAUACUGGCAAGCUAUAAGCCUUUUAUCAAUGCAACAACAUUGAUACCAAAUCUAAGGCAGGCGGAAGACACAACUACAAAAGCGUUGGAAUACUUCAAGAGCACAAGGCACAUCAUCCUUUACUAUGAGGAUGUACUAAAAAACCAUACUAAACUAGUUGAGGUUCAAGAAUUUCUGAAGGUUCCAAGGAAGGAAUUAAAAAGUCGUCAGGUGAAGAUACACAAAGGAUCUUUAUCCAGUCAUGUUGAGAACUGGGGUCAGGUCCAAAAUGCACUUAAAGGAACACAAUAUGAAAGGUUUCUAUACAAUGAUUACCGGUAGUAGAGUAAGGGGAUCAUGUACAUAGAAGAUAACGUUAUGGAGCCCCUUUUUAUUUCUCCAUUAUAUUUUUCUAUUCCAUCCUGUUGGAAAUUUUGGCUGUAGCGACGAGUCCAUAUUGCUUUCACUUCUUUCACACGCAAUUUUUUAACUCUUAAUUCUUUUUAAUUCAUUUAUUUUUUCCUUUUUUGUUUUGGACGGGGAAACUCUGAUGUAUUUAAGCUAAUCAAGGAGGAAGGUUGAC